AUAUACUCCCUACGCCUGGUGUGACAUUAGCCUAAGUCUCUGAAACUGUUGUUUGGAACUAUAUAUUUAUAAUGUUAUAAUGUUCUAUAUAUCCAGACUUGAAUUUUUGCUUCUGAACUAGAGUAGCUGAAUAUUAUCCAAUAGAUUUUCUAUAUCAUUAUAUAUUUAUUUAUAUAUGUGUACAAAUAUAUACAUGGUCUAUAUGGUCUUUUCAGAAGCAAAUUGACAUGUUUUUCUGCCUCCAAUGCAGCAUUUCCUCAGAAUCCAUGUUGAAAUACGGCCGCACAAUUGUGCCCCAUGCAGCAGUAUGGACCCCAGAUUAGCAUCUGUUUGGCCCCCAAAUUAGCAUGUGUUUGGUAUAUUGAGCAGAUUUCCACAUGAUUUGAGUUAGAAUGGCAUCACUUCUGGCCUGGCACAAAUAGCGGCAUUGCCCAAAGGCUGCCGGUAACCCCAUGGCUUGCUCAUGCAGUUAGCAGACUUGUGCUACAGUAUUCAUCAGAUCAGGCUGGCCAGCUGCUGUGGGACUCUCUGCAUGUACUGACAAGUACAAGACACAUGUACAGUAUGUGGGUGCAUAUACCUUUUAUAAAUGCCAUGAAUGUCUGCAAUUCUGCAUCUGUAUAUGAGCCCUCCAGUGAUUUGUCAGUUUUCAUGCACAAAGACAUUUUUACCAGUUCUGAAUGAUAUCCAUGAUCUUUACUACAACACAGAGUUGUUUUGCAAGUUACAUUUACAUGCUGAUACAUUUAUGUGCACAUAAACCUGCGUUUCAAAUGCCCCUCAAAUGUACAUAGAAAUACCUGUGUGUAAGGGCCCUUAUUGGAUUGGGUUUCUCUGCAUCUUGUGGUAACAUAUCUCAGGCAAGCGAGCCUGCUGUGUGCAUAUGUGCAGCUAAAACCCAUCAGUUAAUUAGUGAAAGGAUUCCCGCCUGUGCCUGUGGUUGUUUUUUUUGCUUCAUUUUUGCCCAUGUUUAGGUAGCAGUCCAGUUCAACUUGGCACUGGGUGUUAUUUUCAUGGAUUUGUCCACCUUGUGAUACAGCCAUAAAUUUGCUGUUAGGACAGCAGCCAGAUAUGCUACCAAGAAUCUUCAGCGAAACUGGAAAGCUUAAAUUUUUGCCUUAGAAACAUGCAGAGAAAACUGUUACUUAACUACAUCUCCCAUCAUCCUGUGUUAGUGCCUUGUUCCUCAGGUGUGAAUACCAGCAGUAAUAGCUUUUCUAAAUCCUAUUCAUCUCACUGCUCAGACUUCACUGAUACCUACAAUUCCGCGCCGGUUUUGUCAAGAAAUAGAGGCUUACUGCAACGUGUAAGUCGUGAUUCUGGCAUAUCGUCUCCUCUUCCAUGCGAUCCGUUCAAAUAUCUAACUUGGCACAAGUUAAAAGAACAUGAUGUUCAAGGGACUCAAAUUCGCUGUCCUAGAGUAAGGGAAGGGCCAUCAUAUGAGGAACUUGUAACCAGAGGAGAGGUGCAUCUCUUCCAGGAAGAAAGGGACAUUACAGAUAAGGAGAUAUGGAGAAAGCGACUCCAAGAAAACUGGGAGCAGUGCCUGAAUGUAAAUCUCUCGUACCAGGGCCUUGGAGAUCCUUAUCAACAAAAUAAUUUUCACAGGAUACUUCGAAGACUUAUACGAGUAGAAAGGCUUUGGCUGGUUGAUAACUCUUUGAAAGACUUGAGUGCCAUAAGAUUGCCAAGGUGCACUGAAUUAAAUUUAAGCAGAAAUCACUUUACAUCUUUUAAGAAGUUGCCAAAACUGCCUGCAAUUCAGCACCUAUCACUAGCAGAGAAUAACAUUGAAACACUGAGUGGGCUUUCAAACUUGAAGCAUUCUCCACUUGAGUCCCUUCUUCUGAAGUCAAAUCCAUGUGAGUUUUUGGAAGACUACAGAAUACAAGUGUUUUCCAUUUUGCCAAACCUGAAAACAUUAGACGGAAUUCCAAAGCUCCCAGAGGAUUGGUCAACAACAGAAGAAAGCCAUUUUUUGUUCAGCAAAUGCACAAUACUGUAAUUAGCUGUGUCUGUGUAAGUGCCUGAUCCUAGGCUUCAGGAGAAGUAGAUUUCAUAAGUACCACAAAGAUGAAUUAUUCGAGUGCUGUCAAUUUCAUUUGUAACAAUAAAAUAUUACAUUGACUGUUCUGUGUUUUUGUCGAGUC